GCGCGGGGAGGAGGGAAGGUGGAGAGCUGCCGCGCGGGCCGAGACUUUAAAUCGCCUUCAUUUCCCCCAAAUCCUUCCUUUUCCUCUCCUCCCCCAGGCCGGCGGGGAGGCAGCUUCCACCGCCCUCCGCGCGCCCUAGCCCGGCCUCGCUCUGCCUUCAGGGACUGCCAGCGGCCCGCCUCCAAAGUUUGAUCAUCUCUUUUUUUCUUGCUUUUUCCUUUUCGUUGGAAGCAGAAAGAGAGCGAGGCAGGGGCGAGCGCGGCUCCCGGACUCCUGGGAUCAUGGGCCUGGCGCGGGCGCCCGAGGGUUCCCGGCUGCGUUGCCCGCCCGCUGGGGCGCCUCUGGGCGCGUGGCUGCGCGGGGGGCGCGGGGGCCUCGCGCUCUGAGCCGGCCUGGCGCGGCGGGGCGGGGGGCUGGCGGCCCCAUGGGGCGCGCCCACACUUGCCCCCCGGGCUCGGGAGCAUGAAGUAGGGGCCUGCCAUGGGAGCGGGAUCGGCGCGGGGGGCCCGAGGCACAGCGGCGGCGGAGGCGGCGGCACGCGGGGGGGGGUUUCUCUUCGCCUGGAUCUUAGUCUCAUUCGCCUGUCACCUGGCCUCCACCCAAGGAGCUCCUAAAGAUGUGGACGUCCUCCAGCAGCUGGGCCUCAGCUGGACGAAGGCAGGGGGUGGCCAGAGCCCUGCACCCCCAGGAAUCAUUCCUUUUCCGCUGGGCUUCAUUUUCACGCAGCGGGCCCGGCUGCAGGCCCCCACGGCCACUGUCAUUCCCACCGCCCUCGGCACAGAGCUGGCGCUGGUACUGAGCCUCUGCUCCCACCGAGUCAACCAUGCCUUCCUCUUCGCUGUCCGAAGCCGAAAGCACAGGCUGCAGCUGGGCCUGCAGUUCCUUCCCGGCAGGACAGUUGUCCACCUGGGGCCCCGACACUCUGUGGCCUUCGACCUUGAUGUGCACGAUGGGCGCUGGCACCACCUGGCGCUCGAGCUCCGCAGCCGCACCGUCACCCUAGUGACAGCCUGUGGGCAGCGCCGCGUACCUGUCUCGCUGCCUUUCCACAGGGACUCCACAUUUGACCCCCAGGGCUCCUUCCUUUUUGGGAAGAUGAGCCUGCACGCUGUCCAGUUUGAAGGUGCCCUCUGUCAGUUCAGUGUCCUCCCUGUGACGCAGGUUGUUUCUAAUUACUGUGCCCACCUGAGGAAGCAGUGUGGACAGACUGACAUGUAUCGGCUCCAGCUGGGACCCCUCUUUCCCCUAGAUGCUGGCAGGCCUUUUGCCCUCCAGAGUGACCUGGACCUGCCAGGUCUGGAGAACUUGACCACUGCCACACCGGCCCUGGGGACACGGUCAGCAGGCAGGGGACCUGUGGUGACCAUGCCCACUAAGCCCCUGAGGACAAACCCUCCAGACCCUCACCAGCAUGCAGCAGGGAGAGGCCCAGCCUCAACUACACCGCCACCUACCAAACUGUCAGCCAGUAAAUCACGUUCUUCCUUGUACCCAGCCUUUCCUGCCAGCCCUACCACGGCUCACCCUGUAGCUGCCCAAUCCCUGCAGAAGGUCACAGCCACCAAGGUUCCUAAGAAUCUCCCCACCAAGCCUCUGGCCCCUUCUCCUUCCAUCACCCCUGUGAGAAGCUCCCAUCUGACCCAGAAAACAGCUCCCCAUUCAUUCACAAAGUCGGCCCCACCCACCCAGAAGCCUUUGCCACCCACUCCUCACCCAGCUCCUGCCAAGGCCUCCGAUCCCACAGCAAAGCCUGUCCAGCGGAACCCUGUGACACCCCGACUUCUGCCACUCAGUGCCCGGCCUCCCAUGGCUGGCUCCUCAAAGUCCUUGCCCACAGUAGCCCAGGUUGAGUCCAGGCUCACCAGCCAGGCCACCAAGCUGGCCUUGACCCACACCACCACCUACAAACCUCCCCGACCUGCAGUUUCGCCCUUGUCUUCUGCCAGUUCCGCUUCCCGUUCUGGCUCCACCAGAGCUGCUCGGCCAUCAGCCCCAGUGGUGGCUUCAGCCUUGGGCUCUGGGGCUCCCAGAACAGCACCUCCUACUCUGGCUCCUGGUUCUGUCCCUACUGGAAACAAGAAACCCACUGGAUCAGAAACUUUAAAGAAGCAGCCCCAGAAAAGCAGCACCUGGAAGCCCGAAUCCAUCAAACCUGGGAAGGCCAUUGGGGAUGCUCCCUUGAAUGACCAGAUAACCAGGUCCAGCCCUGGACAGUCCCCAGAUGGUCAGCACACCACCCCAGCCAUGGUGUUAGCUCCAGCACGAGUCUUGUCCUCCAAACCCCGGCCCACGAGCGGCAGCUACUCCUUCCACCUGAUGGAACCCACACCUUUUGCCCUGCUGAUGGGGCCUCCAGGGCCCAAGGGCGACUGUGGCCUGCCGGGUCCCCCUGGCCUUCCUGGGCUACCUGGACCUCCUGGCCCACGGGGGCCUCGGGGUCCUCCUGGACCAUAUGGAAACCCAGGCCUGCCUGGUCCUCCUGGUGCCAAAGGACAGAAAGGGGACCUGGGGCUCUCACCAGGACAGGCCCACGAUGGGGCAAAGGGUGACAUGGGCCUGCCUGGCCUCUCUGGGAAUCCAGGACCUCCAGGACGAAAGGGACACAAGGGCUAUCCUGGACCUGCAGGGCACCCUGGAGAACAGGGGCAGCCAGGACCUGAGGGCAGCCCAGGGGCCAAAGGUUACCCUGGCAGGCAGGGGUUACCUGGACCCGUAGGAGACCCUGGCCCUAAAGGCAGCCGAGGCUACAUCGGAAUCCCAGGGCUCUUCGGCCUGCCAGGGUCCGACGGAGAGCGCGGCCUCCCUGGCGUUCCUGGCAAGAGGGGCAAGAUGGGUAGGCCGGGCUUCCCCGGAGACUUUGGGGAAAGAGGUCCGCCAGGACUUGAUGGAAACCCUGGAGAUCUGGGCCUGCCAGGGCCCCCAGGAGUUCCCGGCCUCCUUGGCGACAUGGGAGCUUUGGGUCCCCUUGGCUACCCAGGACCCAAGGGCAUGAAGGGACUGAUGGGCGGCGUGGGGGAGCCUGGACUGAAAGGUGAUAAGGGUGAGCAGGGCGUCCCAGGCGUAUCGGGAGAGCCCGGCUUCCAAGGAGAUAAGGGGAGCCAGGGGUUGCCAGGUGUCCCAGGUGCUCGGGGGAAGCCAGGGCCCACUGGCAGAGUUGGAGACAAAGGCUCUCUGGGGUUUCCGGGGCCCCCUGGACCCGAGGGAUUUCCGGGAGACAUUGGCCCCCCUGGAGACAAUGGCCCAGAGGGCACGAAGGGUAAGCCUGGAGCUCGAGGUCUACCGGGACCCCGUGGGCAGCUGGGACCUGAGGGAGAUGAGGGACCCAUGGGGCCACCAGGGGCCCCUGGUGUGGAGGGUCUGCCUGGAAGGAAGGGAUUUCCUGGGAGGCCUGGCCCAGAUGGCUCAAAGGGGGAGCCAGGGGAACCUGGACGGCCAGGGCCCAUGGGUGAACAGGGGCUUAUGGGAUUCAUUGGUCUGGUUGGGGAGCCAGGAAUCGUGGGAGAAAAGGGUGACCGUGGCAUGAUGGGACCCCCAGGUGCUCCGGGACCCAAGGGGUCGAUGGGUCAUCCAGGAAUGCCAGGUGGUGUCGGGAUUCCCGGAGAGCCUGGACCCCCGGGCCCUCGAGGGUCACGAGGCCCACCAGGCAUGCGGGGAGCAAAGGGACGCAGGGGCCCCCGAGGACCAGAUGGACCAGCUGGAGAGCAGGGGCCCAGGGGCCAAAAGGGCCCUGAAGGACCUCGGGGAAGACCGGGGCCACCUGGACAGCAGGGUGCAGCUGGUGAGCUGGGCCACUCAGGGCCACCAGGCUUUCUGGGCAUCCCAGGUCCCUCGGGGCCCCCAGGCAUCAAGGGCCUCCCAGGAGAACCGGGCCCUCAGGGACCACAGGGGCCAAUUGGGCCUCCAGGAGAGAUGGGACCCAAGGGACCGCCAGGUGCAGUGGGAGAACCUGGCAUUCCUGGGGAAGCUGGGAUGAAGGGUGACCUUGGACCCCUGGGAGCCCCUGGGGAGCAGGGCCUCAUUGGGCAGCGGGGGGAGCCAGGCCUUGAAGGAGACAGUGGCCCUGUGGGGCCUGAUGGACUGAAGGGGGACAGGGGGGACCCAGGGCCUGAUGGUGAACGUGGUGAGAAAGGCCAGGAAGGGCUGAAGGGUGAGGACGGGCUUCCUGGGCCCCCAGGCAUCACUGGCAUCCGGGGUCCUGAAGGAAAACCAGGGAAACAGGGCGAGAAGGGCCGGACGGGAGCCAAGGGUUCCAAGGGCUACCCAGGACAGCUGGGUGAGAUGGGCGUCCCUGGAGACUCCGGACCCCCUGGCACCCCAGGUCCCAAAGGGUCCCGGGGCAGCCUGGGACCAGUGGGCGCUCCGGGACGGAUGGGGGCCCAAGGAGAACCUGGCCUGGCUGGUUACGAUGGACACAAAGGCAUUGCGGGACCCCUUGGGCCUCCUGGACUGAAAGGCGAGAAGGGAGAGCAGGGUGAGGACGGCAAGGCCGAGGGGCCCCCUGGGCCCCCUGGAGAUCGGGGCCCCAUGGGUGAUCGAGGCGACCGUGGGGAACCUGGGGACCCUGGAUACCGUGGACAGGAGGGUGUGCAAGGCCUCCGUGGAAAGCCUGGCCAGCAGGGCCUGCCCGCGGAGAAUCCUGGGGCUGCCUUGUGUCAUCUCACCUUGGUUUGCAGGGGCAUCCGGGACCCCGGGGGCAGCCGGGACCCAAAGGAUCAAAAGGUGAAGAGGGCCCAAAGGGAAAGCCAGGCAAGGCCGGGGCACCAGGCCGGAGGGGGAUCCAGGGGCUGCAGGGGCUGCCCGGGCCUCGGGGCGUGGUGGGGAGACAAGGCCCCGAGGGCACCGCUGGACUGGAUGGGCUUCCUGGCAGGGAUGGCCGAGCAGGACAGCAGGGAGAGCAGGGAGAUGAUGGGGACCCUGGCCCUGUGGGCCCUGCUGGGAGGAGAGGAAAUCCAGGUGUGGCCGGCUUGCCUGGAGCACAGGGACCCCCAGGAUUCAAGGGUGAAAGUGGGUUACCUGGACAGCUGGGCCCUCCUGGAAAGCGGGGGACAGAGGGCGGAAUGGGGCUUCCUGGGAGCCAGGGGGAGCCGGGCUCUAAAGGCCAGCCGGGCGACUCCGGUGAAAUGGGCUUCCCUGGAGUGGCCGGCCUCUUCGGACCCAAGCACUCUCAGGCAACGCCUCCCCUCAGCCUCCAGGGGCCUACCCAGCAGCUCCUUCCGUUCCCCACAGGGUCCCCCUGGUGACACUGGCUUCAAAGGCAUCCAGGGCCCUCGGGGGCCUCCUGGCUUGAUGGGGAAGGAAGGCAUCAUUGGGCCCCUCGGAAGCCAGGGACCCUCAGGACUCCCGGGUCGGAAGGGUGACAAAGGCAGCCGAGGGGACUGGGGACUGCAAGGUCCGAAGGGUCCUCCCGGCCCAAGAGGGCAGCCCGGACCACCGGGCCCUGCAGGACGUCCCAUCCAGCUUCAACAAGAUGACCUCGGGGCAGCUUUCCAGACGUGGAUGGACACUAACGGAGCGCUCAGAUCAGAGGGGUAUAGCUAUCCGGACCGGCUGGUGCUGGACCAGGGAGGGGAGAUCUUCAAAACCUUACACUACCUCAGCAACCUCAUCCAGAGCAUUAAGACGCCCCUAGGCACCAAGGAGAACCCCGCCCGGGUCUGCCGGGACCUCAUGGACUGUGAGCAGAAGAUAGUGGACGGUACCUACUGGGUGGACCCGAACCUUGGCUGUGCGUCUGACACUAUUGAAGUCUCCUGCAACUUCACACAUGGCGGACAGACCUGCCUGAAGCCCAUCACGGCCUCCAAGGUGGAGUUUGCUGUCAGCCGGGUACAGAUGAACUUUCUGCACCUGCUCAGCUCCGAGGUGACCCAGCACAUCACCAUCCACUGCCUGAACAUGACCGUGUGGCAGGAGGGCCCGGGACACACCCCCGCCAAGCAGGCUGUGCGCUUUCGGGCCUGGAACGGGCAGAUCUUCGAAGCCGGGGGUCAGUUCAGGCCAGAGGUGUCUGUGGACGGCUGCAAGGUCCAUGAUGGCCGUUGGCACCGGACACUCUUCACCUUCCGCACGCAGGAUCCCCAGCAGCUGCCCAUUGUUGGCGUGGACAACCUCCCUCCUGCCUCAUCAGGGAAGCAGUACCGCCUUGAAGUUGGACCCGCGUGCUUCCUCUGACCUCUGUCCUCCAGGCUCCUCUAGGCCUUAUCUGGGAGAGAAGGGGAAGAGGAGGCAAGAGGAGGGUACUGAGGGGCAUGUGGCCCCAGAAAAGGCAACCCCUCUGCCCAAGGAGCCUUAGGGAGGUCCCUGCUGUUGUCUGCUCAGUAGGAGCAGGGGGGCAAGGGGAGGCUGGGCACAGUUUUUCUUCAGAACAACCAAUCCCAGCUUAGUCCCAAAGACCAACCAAAGAACCAGCCAGAGUAAGCUGGGCCUGCAACCCACCUGAGCCCCAUGGCCUGUCUCCAGCUCUGUGGCUGCCCCUUCCCUGCCUGGCUUCUUGCCCAAAGAGCCCUAUGUUCAAGCCAGUUUGAGGGAAGGGGGCAUCUUGUCAGCUGGUCCCUGCCAGGGAGCUUUUGAUGUGCAAUAUUAGAAAGGAGACAUGAAAAAGGAGAAAAGGAAAGAAAGAAGUAUAUAUAUUUUUUUUAUUUAAACAAAUACAAAGAGGGUGUGUUACUAUUUUUUUCACCUGGGAAAGAAGUGAGAGGAUGAGAAAGAGCAACCAGGGGAUGGGAAAAGGCGAGAUCUUUGGGGCUGGGGGAACUCACAGUUUGCUACCUCCCACUGUGAAAUCGCUGGUGCUCGACAUUGUCUCGCAUAGUGUAUGUGACUUUUUUUUAAGGAAAAAAAAAAACUAUUUAAGAUUCUGAAGGUGCUACUAUUUUGCCACAGACUUUGAAGAAACUUUUUGAUGUGGGACAUCAUCCACAUCUUUCUCUGUCUUCCAAGUGAUAAAGUUCGGGGAAUCUUUAAAUUUUCCUAGCAUCACCCUUGUGCUCAUCAGGUAAUCUAUGAAAGAAAAAAAGGGAGGAGAAAAAGAAAAAAAAAAACAAAAACAAAAAAACAACCAACUAAACAACAAAAAAAGCAAACAAAAGAUGUUACCAGAAACCAGAGUAAGGAUUUCCUUUUAAUUUAUGAAUUUUGAAAUAUCUAUCCUUUUCUGAAGCAUUCUGACUUGGCCUUUCCCGUCCUGGAGGGAGGUCCAGCUUGCCCUGGAGGUGCGCUGGGAAGAAGUGUAUGGGGGAAGCCUGGCCCUUGCAGAAUCCAGUUCCAGGAGGGGCAGCGCUGGACCAGAGCAGGCCUGGGAGGUGAAUGUAAACACACCUGAGCCACCAUACAGGGCAUCCUGCAAGGUUCUGUCUCUCAGGAGCCCAUCCUGUCCAAACAAGGUCAGCACCCCAGCUUUUUCUCCCUGGUGUUAAACUGUACAACCUUAGUGUCAUUAGCACCACGUGUCAAUUUGGGCUGAGGAGAAAAGAAUAAUUAUGGGUAUCUCAGUGUUCUGUGUGACAGUGACACCCGGUGCAGUCUGACCUGUGUCACUCUAUCUGCAAACAAGGCAAGGCCUCCAUUGGAGUCCGAACUUAACUAUGGAGUUAUUUUUAUAGAAGGGGAAAAGUCACACGGAAGUCUCUAUCUGUGUAGUCUAAAGUUGUGUCUUGUCAGGAAUUGGGUUUGAUUCUCAUUAUUUAAUACCUCGCUCUGGCCCACCAUCCCGCACACUCCGGCCCCCACCCUGCGCAUUUUCCUCGCAGCUUGGGCCUCAUCUCCGAACUUCCUUCCCCACCACCGUCUCUGCCUGGCCUCCAUCUUGUCUUUGGAUUUAUCUGCUGUCUUCUUUAUGUCCCUUUCCAAAUGUCAGUAUGUUAAAACCCCGAUGGGUUCGGUUUCUCCUUUUCCUUUCUGGAUUUUAAAUAAAUAUUUAAAACUGAA